GUCAAAGUUAAAAAUAUUUCUAAUCGAAAUUAUUAUAAAAAUGAAUGAAAACUAAAUUAAUGUACUCGCCAGCACUGAGCAAUGUGAUUUGCAUUAAUCCUUUAAAACGACUAUAAACUUAAAAAUACAGUAUAAUAUUGGUGAUAAAUUAAAAAGGCACCUUUAAUUAUCUUGCUUUAUAUCCUUGCUCCCAGACAGCAGUAUUUGCUAUACUGAUAUUGCUGUAGAUUACAACGCUAUUGCUGCAAGUAUUGCAAGUAAUAACAGAUAACAGUUCGCGCCAAACCCUGGCCGCUACAUGACUGCACACUACACAGACUAUUUAAAAACCAGUCUGAGCUACUCGUGCAUUACAAACUGCACUUCAAAAGUUCAAACUAAAUUGUAAAAAUAAUAUAAUAUUGUUUCAAAACUUUAUUGCCAGAAAUUAAUAGAAAUUAAUUCCACAAAAUGCCAGAAGAACAAGAUGUUUUACAAUAUUUACCUCCAGAAAAGUGGUGUGAACUUAAAAGUGCUUUUAAAAAAGACUGGCAGAGAGGCAGGACUGCCUAUGCAGUCUUACAGACUCAACAGCUGUGGUUAGAGAAAGGAGAUACCUAUGGAUUCAAAGUCUACUGCCCAUUUGGUAAAGUUGAAAAUGGAAUAGUUGCCCUCAAUGAAAAGAAUGAAUGCUAUGAAGUAAUAAUUUUCAGUCCAAGUGACAAUACAGAAAAACUUGAAGAAGCUCUUAUUAAAACGAAACUAAUAGACUGGACAAAAAGUGUUGUAAUACCAUUUGCACCAAAGAAUGCAACAGAUUGUGUGGAGAGGGUGGUGAAGCAUGUGAAUGCUGAGAUUAGUUUGGUCAUACCUUCUGAAACUUUUGUGUUGGAUAGAGAAACUGCUCCUUAUGAUGUUACUCUCCCCGAAGGCAUCACAUUCGGCCAUCUAACAUUAGACCAUGUAAACAUCGUCAACGACACUUGGCCCCACAAGUACCCCAAAUCAGAAUGGUACUUCGAGCUCAUCAUCAAGGCCGGCCAUGGCUACGGACUCUUCUUUAACGACGCCUUAAUAUGUUGGGUAUUGAUCAGCGAGUCUGGAACCUUGCUUCAUAUGUACACUGUUGACGAACACAGAAGAAAAGGCUACGCGGAAUUGCUAUUGAAACUGGUGAGCAAUAUCCUUUUGAAGCAGAAAAGAGAUGUGUUGGCUUUCUGCGUUAGAACUAACAAGAAUGCUAUGAAGCUGUAUGAGAAAGCUGGAUUUGAUAGACUGGAUGGUGUAGCCUGGAGUUUCACUUCAAGUAACCAGAAAUAAGGAUAUCUGGUCAUAUCAAUUGGUCUUAAUUAUUGCUGUUAAUUGGAUCGAACAAAUUUAUUUUAGGUAUUUAUUUCGUGGAGAAAAUUGUUAAGUAUUAUUGGAUUUA